CUCCUAGAUCUGUGUCUACAGGGGAUGAGGAUUUGCCCCCUGCACUCCCAGAUAGGACAAAGGAAUCUAAGCAGUUUAUAGGUGAUAAUGAUGAUGAAGAGACAGUAUCCAUAGCAAGCAAUGAUUCCAGCAACAUGGAACACGGUGGUGGAACACAUAUCCUUGACAAGAUGAAAGGAGCAUUUGGAAAGUUGAAGAUGCCGGGAAAAAAAAAAUCAGAUGCUACAGGAACUUCUAACUGUGAUGUUAAACGACAAGAAGCAAUAGUUCCCACACGUUCUUUUCCUGAUACAACACUACUGCCCACUCAAAUAAAACCCACUGAAAAAGAAGAUUUAGAAGAAGUUAUCAAAAAUGCACAAAAAAAGCACAUUCCGACAUUCAAUGUCAAGGCCCCUGAAAACCAUCUCGGAUAUCCUAACAGGCUGUUUGUUUUAGCAGGGCCAAGAGAACCUCCCCAAAGAUGGAAAGGACGAAGUGCACCCAUUAUUAAACAUUAGUGGGUGCCACACUUCAACUGAAUUCUAAUUGGUAGAAUACAGUCAUGUGACUUCCACAAAACUGAGUGUUGACUUGUUAUUUGAAAUUUAUUUGUGUGCAUCAAAUCACCAGAUUGGCAGCUAGAAUUGAACACUGGUAUAUGUGGGCAUUUUUGUUACAUUGUAAAUGUAAUUUACAUAAUCUGACACAAUAGUCAGUUUUAAAUAAUAUUGAUGGUCACAGCUCCAUCUUGGCGGUUACAACUUAUUAUCUCAGCACAUUUGAAGUAAUUAAUAUCAACUAAUUAUGCAAGACUGCCAAUAAAUAAAU